AUGGGUGAUUUGUGGCUAGAUGUGUUUGCCUCGAAGACGACCGCAUAUCAUGAAAUUGAAAACAACCAUCUGACAAAUGGCUUAUCGGAUAGAGAAAAGAAGCGAGUUGCCGCAGAAGUCAAAGCACUUCAAGAAGAAUUUCAGGAAGAGUUUGUAAAGUUGUUCUGUGCUGCUGGGUUACUGCACAACUGUGAUCGUGCACAAUACCAGCCUGUACUUGAUCAUUUUGUUACUGCAUACGCUGUGGAGCACGUGGAUUAUGCUCAGCGAGAUUUGUUUCCGAGAGAUGUGGAAACUGCAGCCAAGGCGCUACACAAUCAUCGGGUAAAGAAAACAUCAACACCGAAACCUAACAACAACAACAACACGAAUGAUAAAGCAAACACUCCACAGAAUGGUACUAACCUUGCACAAGAUUACAACAAGGAGAGUAAGCGUAAAUGUUUUUACUGUUGUAAAGCGGAUCAUGUUGCACCGCGAUGUGAACAUCAAUUCCGACCCAAGGAACAAUGGAAAGAUCCGACAAAAUGGAGAUCGUAUCCCAGGAAUGAAUUGGGACGCGAACAGGUACACCUGCAGGCAAGCACCGAGGAUGGGUCUGUGCAGUCAAGUGUGACAGCUAACACCGCAGGAGUGGUGGUUCAUCGCCUCGAAAGCAUUCAGGGGUGGAAUAUGGCUCAGUUUGGCGGACGGAAGAGAGUACCGCAGCCUAUUUUAAGACCUUCAAGAUUUGGUAUGUCACCACCACACGACAUAAUGGCAAACUGGCAGGUACAAUUGGAUGCUGUCAGAGCAGCUGAAGAAGACAACAGUAUUGCAAGUACACAGAGCUCCAACGUGCAGGUUGGUAGGGAAGUAGCUGUGAUGCAUUCCCAGGCUCAUCGCGGACUCAAGUGCAAGGAUAGCGGCGAUCUGGUAUAUCUUGAUUCAAAUGAUUAUAAGGAUGGCAAGAUUCCGGAGCAUUUUGAUAUGCAUGAUCCGAAGUGGUUUCGUUCGGGCGCAACAGGUCCGUCCCUUGACACUGGUUCGACAUUUCAUCUUCGCAAAGAUUCGAUGAAUGCAAAGAUGGGAACAUUGAAAGAGCUUCCGUAUAUGUUCAAUUAUGGAACAAAUGUCGGAGGAGGAAGGAAUCUAACACAUGAAGUUGAGAGUAAACACAUGGAUAAUAUGUGUAAGUAUGACGCUGAUGCCAUCUGUGAUGUGGACAGUGCGUCGUUAUUGGUAAAAGAAGGGUAUCGUAUCGUGAUGGAUACCGACAUAGAAAAUGCAUUUUUUGUUUCCAAAGAUGGGAAUCAAUGGAUUUACAGAGAAAAGGAUGGGUUGUAUACUUAUGAACCCCAUGAGGGGGAGAGUCAUUGCAAUGUGUGCAUGGAAACUGGACCGACGGGUGAAGCCUGCAGGUCGUGCAGAGCCCACGGUGGUUUCGUGCCGGGUGAAUUGUAUCAUGGCGGCAACGAUACUACAACUAGUCAACAUACUUCCCGUUACUCUGGUCUCCAAACUGUAAAAAAGAAAAUAGAGGGUUACACCCCACGACAAGUUGACCGAGCAAACGCUGCAAGAUCCGGGUAUCACAUGGGUGGUGCACCAGGGAUUGAAGCAUUCAAAGUUGUCGUACGCUCCGGUUUAUUCAAGAAUUGUCCCAUCAGAGAAGAAGACAUUGUUAUUGCUGAUAAGAUUUAUGGACCAAGCGCUUCAGUUCUUAAAGGAAAGACUAAGCGUCCUACCCCGGAAGCAGUCCAGGAUGAUUGGGUUGAGAUCCCACGUGAAUUGUUGGUCCACAACAUUGAUUUGAAUUUGCAUCUGGAUAUUGCAUUCAUCAAUAACACAUUCGGAUUGACUACAAUUGAUGGUAGUGUCCAAUACCGAACUUUUGUACCGCUACAAAGCAGGACUGCGGAAUCGUUGUAUGACGCAAUUGAUCACGUGUUGCGCAUUUACAACCAUGCUGAUUUUACAAUCAAGACUAUCUACUGUGAUGGUGAAUUUAGACCAGUUUUUGAUGAUGUUAAAGAUGAGAUGAAUGUUGAUAUGAAUUAUGCGAGCCGGGGGGAACAUGAUCCCACGGCGGAACAAAACAACCAACAUAUCAAGGCGUUGUUCCGUGUCCAAUACCAUCGCAUGCCGUAUAAGGCCAUUCCGAGGAUUAUUACUGAAGCUAUUGCAAAACGAGUUGCACAGACUUCCAACUUUUACGCCGCCAAAGGGGGUAUUUUGGCUUAUUAUAGUCCUCCUAUGAUUUUGUUGCGACGCCAAGUUGAUUAUUCGAAGGAAUUUGUUGCUGAACUUGGGUCGUAUGUCCAUGGUUAUGGAUAUGAUACUCGCAGUGAUCAUCGGUCACGCACUAUUGAAGCGAUUUACUUGGGACCAGCUGAUAAUAUGCAAAAGGGUCACAAGCUAUAUGAUUUGAACACGAAAAGAGAGGUAACUAGACCUCGAAUUACGGUGCUCCCAAUCACUGACCAAGUGAUCAAAUUGGUUGAAGCCCAUGCUGCUGAGGAAGGCGUUACAGAUUUACAAACCUAUUCCAGGCGCAAUGGAGAAAUAAUUUUGGAUGCUGAUCUGCUCGCAGGAGUGGACCCAGAUGAAUUGUGGGACGAAGACUAUGUACCUGCAGAUAUUGAAAUUCCACCGGUCAAUGACGUGAAUUUGCGCAAGAAUGAUGCAAUCACAGAUGAAGAACUCGAAGAAUUAAUCGAGGAUGCAGCUGAAGAUAUAUUGGAAUCUAGAAGAAUUCAUGGUAAGAGACAACAUGACUAUGAUGAGACAGAUAGAACUGUCGACCGCAUGCUGCAAAGAAUUAAGAGACGUCAAGAAGAAGACGAUGAAGAUGAUAUGGAUUUCGUGCAGGAUCAGCAACCUGAAAGCGAUAUUGAAAUGGAUGUUGAUGAUGAAGAAUUAAAAGAUAUGAUUGAUGAAGUAGCCCAUGAGUUGGAUAGAUUGAGCCAACCUAUUGAAGAAGAAAUAAUGUUUAGCGUUGAAGAUGAAGACGAUGACUAUGGGGGUGAAUAUGAUGCGGAAGAAAUACAAGAACUGCAAGAAGCAGAAGACGAACCGCAAGUAUAUCCUGAUGAAGAUGAUGAUGUUUGUGCAGGAGUGAGUUUUGAAGAAGUCCACGUGUUGAGUACAUCAAAUGAUUCAAAUAAAAAAGGAGAACAGGAAGUGGACAAUCAUUUUAUUCAAAUGGAGUCAAGUAUCGACCCACUGAUAGGAAUCGAACUGACAGACCAAGAUAUGGACAAACGUACUUACAAGGAAAGAAGCCCAAGAUCAAUUUGUUAA